CCCUACGCUUCGACAAAUAUUCAUUACAUCUCUUCCGCACUUCCACUGAAUCUAUAUUUCAAUUCGCCACAACUGUUCUAAUCAAACUGCAAAAGAAAAUAUGUCCGCCCAGGUCUUCACUCCUUCCGGCCAUAACCAGCAGGCUGCUGCUCAGGAGCCGGACAUCGUCCGCCGGACAGCGAACUUCCACCCCAGUGUCUGGGGAGACCGUUUCAUCAACUAUACUUGCGAGGACGAGAGCAUUCAAGCCCAGAAGCAGGGACGGAUUGAGGAGCUGAAGGGAGAGGUGAGGAGAGAGCUAGCGGCUGCUGCUGGUGAGAUUUCGCAACAGCUGCAUCUUAUUGAUGCCAUCCAACGCCUCGGCGUGGCUUACCACUUCCAAAUAGACAUAGAAGAAGCACUAAAACAGGCAUUUCAGAAAUAUAAUAGUACUGAAUAUGAUGAGAGUAACUAUGAUGGCGAUGAUCUCUAUGAAGCUGCGCUUUGGUUUCGGUUACUCAGACAAGAAGGUUACAAUGUUUCGUGUGGUGUAUUCAACAAGUUCAAAAAUGAUCAGGGUAACUUCAAGGAAUCUUUAAUUAGUGAUGCAAAAGGAUUGCUAGGCUUUUAUGAGGCUACUCAUUUGAGGGUGCAUGGAGAUGAUAUCCUAGAUGAGGCUCUUGAGUUCACUACUGCUCACCUUCGAUCAAUGGUAUCUCAGUUGAAUUAUCCAGUAGCUGAUCAAGUUGCACAUGCCCUUAAGCAGCCACUCCACAAGGGCUUGCCUAGAUUAGAGGCUAGACGCUACUUUCCGAUCUAUCAAGCCGAUGCUUCCCACAAUAAAGCUUUACUAGAACUUGCGAAGUUAGAUUUCAACUUAUUACAGUCAUUGCACAAGAAGGAGCUAAGUAGCAUAACCAAAUGGUGGAAGGACUUGGACUUUGCUACCAAGCUACCUUUUGCAAGAGAUAGAGUGGUGGAGGGCUACUUUUGGAUAGUGGGAGUGUAUUUUGAGCCCAAAUACAUGCUUGCAAGAAGAACACUAACCAAAGUAAUUGCUAUUACAUCUAUUCUAGAUGAUAUAUAUGAUGUGUAUGGCACAAUUGAAGAACUAAAGAUCUUUACAGAAGCAAUUGAAAGGUGGGAUAUUAGUUGCAUGGGUCAACUUCCUGACUAUAUGAAAUUGUGUUAUCAAGCACUUUUGGAUGUGUUCAAUGAAAUUGAGGAAGACAUGGCCAAAGAAGGAAGCUUGUUUCGUAUGUACUAUGCAAAAGAAGCGAUGAAAAUUCUAGUCAAGGGCUACUUAGAUGAGGCCAAAUGGUUCCAUGAAAAAUAUGUGCCCACAUUUGAUGAGUACAUGCGCGUAGCACUAGUAACCUCUGGUUACACGAUGCUUACAACAAUAUCAUACCUUGGCAUGGGAGAAAUUGCAACAAAAGAAGCUUUUGAUUGGCUUCUCAGUCAUCCCUUGAUUAUUAAAGCUUCUGAAUCAAUUGGCAGACUUAUGGACGAUAUGACUUCCCACCAGUUUGAGCAAGAGCGAGGGCAUGUCGCAUCAGGGAUUGAAUGUUACAUGAGCCAAUAUGGAGUGUCGGAGCAAGAGGCGCAGGAUGAGUUUGCAAAGCAAGUGAUAAAUGCAUGGAAGGACAUAAACCAGGAGUGCUUGAGGCCUACUGCUAUGCCAAUGCCUCUCCUAAUGCGCAUUCUUAAUUUCACAAGAGUGAUAGAUGUCAUUUAUAAGGGCGAAGAUGGGUAUACACAUGUUGGGAAAGCCAUGAAAACUAACAUAGCCUUGUUGCUUAUUGAUCAUGUGGACAUUUGAAUGCAGUCGACUUCUUUGAUAAUUUGUAAUCUUUUGUUCUCUUACAAAUAAAAUUAUUUUAAAAGUGUAGUAAGUAGAUAUUAAUGCGAACGAUGCAUGUCAUGUUAUUAUAUUCAAUCCCCUAAUCUCUCUUUGAAAUAAGAGCUAAUUUUUUCAAUUUAUUUAUUUGUAACUUUUCCCAAUUUUCUAAUGAGUAUUUUGGGUUGCUCAAA